CAACAAAACACAGCAGCAGUGAAAGGGUGUUAGCCUGUUCUAUUAGCUCAGGGUUAGCGGAGUAGACACGGUUUACACCCGUGACAGGGAGGAUUAACAGUCGUCGGGUUCAGAGUCGUGUUUGUGAAGCGCAUUUUUGAGGAACAGCGUCGGAUUUUAGUCUUAUGCCUGACGUUACGUGAAGAGCACAGCGCGUGAGGGUUUAUCGCUAGCCUGUUAGCCGGCAAGCUAAUCCCGCUAGCGUAGCGUUCUCUAUGUUCAGUUGGCGUUAGCUUCGGAGUGUUAGCCCAGGAGCUCUGCUGCUGCUGCUGCUUGUCUUAACGCGAGGGAUGGACAUCAACGAGUAACCGGUGAGCAUCGCAGACUCUAGAUGAAGGAGCCAGGCCGGGGGGAAGCUGAGCGAGCGGAGAAUUCAACAUGAAGUUGUACGUGUUCCAGGUCAAUAACGGGAGCACGUUGACGUUUGACACAGAGCUAGCCGUACAAACCGUUCUGGACCUCAAACAUGCGAUCCAGGCCAAGUACAAGAUCGCCACUCAGCAUCAGGUGCUGGUGGUCAACGGUGGCGAGUGUAUGGUGGCCGAGAGGAGGGUGUGUAGCUACAGCGCGGGCACGGAUACGAACCCCAUCUUCUUGUUCAACAAAGAGAUGAUCCUGUGUGACCGAGCGCCGACCAUCCCCAAAACCACCUUCUCCAUAGAGAACGAGAUGGAGAUGAAGGUGGAGGAGUCCCUCAUGAUGCCUGCGGUGUUUCACACCGUCGCCUCGCGGACGCAGCUCGCCGUGGAAAUGUUUGAAGUGGCCAAGAAGUUGUGUUCCUUCUGUGAACGCCUGGUCCAUGACGAGCACCUCCAGCACCAGGGCUGGGCCGCCAUCAUGGCCAACCUGGACGACUGCACCACCUCCUACCAGAAGCUGCUCUCGAAAUUUGACAUGGCCUACACUAAUUACCAACAAGAUUUUGAGGACAUCAAGCUCAAGUUGACAAAGCUCGGGACUGCCGUCUCGGUCAUGGCGAAGAUCCCUCUUCUGGAGUGCCUGACCCGCCACAGCUACAGAGAGAGCUUGGAGAAGUCCUCCUCCCCCCGCCCCAGGUCUGACGACGGAGACGGAGGCCAGACGGGUUCUACGGAGGUCCAGAGGAGCCAGAAGUCUCCUGUAGAAUCGGCGGAUCAGGACAGAGCGCGGAGCAGCGGGCUGCAGGAGGCGCUGCUGGAGGAGGAUGAGGAUGAGGAAGACCCUGAUAAAACGGACGCGCCUUCGUUUAACGUCACGCUGCUGGACUGGAUCAACGUGCAGGACCGACCCAACGACGUCGAGGCCGUAGUGAGGAAGUGCUUCGAUUCCAUCAACAGACUCGAUCCACGGAUUAUCCAGCCGUUCCUCGUAGAGUGCCGGGACACGAUCACCAAACUGGAUAAUCAGAACAUGAAGGCCAUAAAGGGACUCGAAGACAGACUGUAUGCACUCGACCAAAUGAUCGCCAGCUGCAAGAAGCUAGUCAAUGAACAGAAGGAGCUCGCUCAGGGAUUUUUAGCCAAUCAGAUGAGGGCUGAAAACCUGAAGGACAACUCGGUGCUGCCGGACCUGUGUCUGAGUCAUGCCAACCAGCUGAUGAUCAUGCUGACCAACCACAGGAAGCUGCUGGACAUUAAGCAGAAGUGCACGACUGCCAAACAGGAACUGGCCAACAACCUGCAAGUUCGUCUCAAAUGGUGCUGCUACGUGAUGCUGCAUGCGGACCAGGAUGGCGAAAAGCUGCAAGCGCUGCUGCGCCUCCUGACCGAGCUGCUGGAGCGAGUGCGUGUGGUCGAGGCCCUCAGUACCGUCCCACAGAUGUACUGCCUGGCCGUGGUCGAGGUUGUGCGCCGUAAAAUGUUCAUUAAACACUACAGAGAGUGGGCCAGUGCUCUGGUGAAAGAUGGGAAGAACCUCUAUGAGGCCGAGAAGGCCAAACGCGAGACAUUUGGCAAGCUGUUCAGGAAGUCGUUCCUCAGGAAUCGCUUGUUCCGAGGACUCGACUCAUGGCCUCCUUCGUCGUUUUGCACAAGAAAGCCUCGCAGGUUCGACUUUGAGCUUCCGGACAUUUCCCUGAACGACCUGCAGUAUCUGAAGAGCUGCUGUCCGGCUGAAGUGCAACCUUUUCUCAGGGUUCCAUCACUAUGUGAUUUUGAGCCAUUAAACCAUCAUACAGAAGCUCUUCACCACCUAGUACAAGCAGCCCGGAGUGUAGACGAGAUGUCUCAAACCAUCACAGACCUACUGAGCGAACUGAAGGUGUCUGGAAGCCAGAGUACACAGAGACCCAGCUCUGAAUGCAGAACAGAGACCACCCCCACCUGUUCUAAAACCCCACCCCCGCUGAGUAUACUGACUCCACCCACUCAGCCGCGCUCCCUUCCCGCUGCAUUAGAAGACCUGUCCCCUGACAGCAUUGACGCCCAUACGUUUGACUUCGAAACCAUAGGACAUCCCAACAUGGACCCUGUGCUCCAGCAAGGCUCUCUGGACCUGGACUCUUUAGCCGAGAGCCCGGAGUCGGACUUCAUGUCGGCGGUCAACGAGUUCGUCAUUGAAGAGAACGUUACCUCACCCAAUCCUAUUAGUGACCCCACGAGUCCUGAGAUGAUGGUCGAGUCUCUCUACUCAUCCGUCAUCAACGCUAUAGACAGCAAGAGGAUCCAGGACACGACCAUGCUCGAGAAAGAGAACUCUAGAAUCAUGACCCUCAGGCUGACCGUGGACCGGUACCGGUCGGCUGCCGAGGAGUCGCAGAGCAACAUGAGAAAAGUCAAGGACGACCUCUGUCACUUCCAAGGACUCGUCCUGAAAGAACAGCGCGACUUCGGCUUCGCCUUGAAGAAGAUGAGCACGGAAAUUCACGCAGUAGUCAACAACAUUAAACGGCGUCAGGAAGAAGAGCUUGAGGAGGAACACCAGAAAGAGCUCCAACAGCUGAAAGACGACCACGAAAAGCAUGUCCUCAGGCUUAACGACGAGCUGGAAGGGAAUCACAAGAUCGUCCGGGACGUUCAGAGGGCCAUGCUCAACCUCGAAGGACUCGUGGAGAGGAAGGAGAAAGAGCUGGCUCAGAUGGAGGGCGAGAGGGAGCGCUCACUGCAGGAGACGCGCAACAUCCACCAGUUGGCCAUCCAGGAAUUGGACAAGAAACUGUCUGAGCAGAGCAAGGCGCUUCAAGAAGUCCUGCACUCCAGAGAUGCUCUCGCCAGCCAGUUGGACGGCCUGCAAGCCGAGGUCGAGAAGAAGGUACGCCAGGAAAUGGAGCGCGCCGAGAAGAACCAUCUCCAAGAGUUGGAGGCUCGUCUCAGAAAAGAUCACCAGGUGGAAUUGGAGGUCAUGAAAAGCGAAAACCUAAGUGCUCUAGACAGCUUGGGCGUCGAGCACCAAGCCAAGCUGAAGGAACUCGCGGAAUCGCACUUGAUCGAGCGGAAGGAAUACGAGUGCCGGUGUAAGGACUACGAGGCACGUGUGAGUGAGCUCGCCGACACCCGCUGCAAACUAGAAAUGGAAAUGGCGCUUAAGGAGACCGAAACGGAAGAUCUCCGCUUGCAGUAUGAAGAUGCCAAGACCCAGCACGAGGACGCACUUAAGGCCGAGAUGGACUCCCGAACACAGGCGCACCAGCAGCAGGUUGAGGUGUUGCAGCAGCAGCUCCAGAAGAAGAACGAGGAGUACGAGCAAGGCCUUGCCGAGCUGCGCGCGCUCAUGCGCCUUGAGAAGGACCACUGCAUCUCGGAGCUGGUAGAGCGGCACGAUGAGGAGAGCACGCUGCUGCGCCACGAGUUCUCCGCGCUCAAGCAGAAGUCUCAAGAUGCCGAGAAGGACUGCGAGGAACGCCUACAGGAGAUCCAGCGCCAGCUGGAGGACCAGCUUAAAACCUUAAGCGAGGAACGGGAAGAGGAGCAGAGGGCGUUCAGGGACAAAGAGCGCGACCUGGAGAGCGCAAUCAGCGACCUGCAGGCUGUGAACUCGCUUCUGUCGGGGCAGCUGGAGCAGGAGCGUCAGGAGGCCCGCAGAGCGCUGAAGGAGGGUGAGGAGGCGGAGGCGGUGAAGGACGCCUUGAUGCAGAAGGAGGAGCUGGAAGCGAGACUAUUAGGGAAAAUUAACCUACUUGAAACGCAACUCGAAGAAAGACGAUCCACUGACAAAGGAGCUGAGGCUGGAGGUGGGGACAUCACGCUGCAGCAGAGGCUGGACGAGGAAAGAGCGUCCCUACUGGGCAAGCUGGAGCUGCUGGAGAAGAAGAAGAACGAGGAGCUGCAAAACCUGAAAACCUCGCUGAUCGCUGAGCAGCAGACGAAUUUUAACACUGUUCUCACGAGGGAGAAGUUAAAGAAGGAGCAGAUCAUCAGCGACCUGAGCGAAAAACUGAAGAAGGUGUUGCUGCAGCAGGAGAAGGAUAAGAGUUUGAUCGAGACCCUGUCUGAGGACCGCGCCUCCAUCCUGCAGGAGAAGAAACACCUAGAGGAGGAGCUCAACCGUCUAAGGAGCUCCGCCCUCGUCUCCUCCACUUUUUUUGUGCCCAAUCCCAUCGCUGUUGCCGUAGAGACGGCCGGAGCCUACGGUGGGGCCGGUCCUGCCGAACUCACCACCCGGGCUGCGCUGGAUUCGGAGAGGCUGGGGUCCGUGGCCGCGCUGCGAGAUGACGAUCGGGUGGACUCUGCUGUCGACGCCAGCAUGAUGACCGUCCACGAUAACGCAGCAAUGCUAUCGGAGGAGAAGCAGCGGAUACUGAUGUUGGAACGAACGCUGCACAUGAAAGAGGAGGAGAACAAGAGGCUCAGCCAAAGACUGAUGUCCCAGAGCAUGUCCUCUGUGUCCUCACGGCACUCGGAGAAAAUCGCCAUUCGAGAUUUCCAGGUUGGUGAUUUGGUCCUGAUAAUCCUGGACGAGCGGCACGAUAAUUACGUACUGUUCACGGUCGGCCCCACUCUCUACUUCCUGCACUCAGAAUCUCUCACUGCGCUGGACCUCAAGCCGGCCACUGGCGCGACGAGGCGACCCUGGGUCCUUGGGAAGGUCAUGGAGAAGGAAUAUUGCCAGGCGAAAAAGGCCCAAAACCGCUUUAAAGUUCCUCUGGGCACCAAAUUCUACCGCGUAAAAGCCGUGCCGUGGAACAAGAGGGUGUAACGUUGUGUAUUAAAACAAGAAAAAAAAAAUUAAAACAAACUAGAAUGUUUUUAUUGCUUUUUUUUUCACGGCCAUCUUAUCAUCAAGCAUCGCUCUGAAAUUGUUUCAUCACAGAACGACAAACCGUUAUCAUCACUACUACUACUUUAUUUAAGUUUUUUUGCCGAUAUGUUUUUAUUAUUAUUAUUAUGUUUUUUUUUUUCUUUUUUAAAUACCUCUGUUUGUUUAGAGGUUUGUAAAUGUGGACCAAAAUAUUGAGCCUUGAAAAAAGGCGAGUCUGUAAAAUGAACAAAAUCAUAAAUCUAUUUGGAGGAUAUAUAAAUAUAUAUAUAUAUAUAUACAGUAUAUAUUAGUUCAUUAUAAUUAUUAAUAUGAUUUUGCUCAGUGGUGGGUGGAGAACGUGACGGAUGGCGUCACUACGAAAUAUAACACGAGUGAGGUUUUAAAACUCAUCAUGUAUUGUAAAAUGUUUAUGAGCGAAUGUUCACGGCAUGCAUACACACACACACACACACACACGUUUUCUUUAACUCUGGACGUGUCAUAAGCGGAUAUUAGGUUCUGAAAGAAAUUUUAAAAAAAUAAAGUCACCCGACGACGCAGUCUCUCCUCACACCCCCCCCCCUUCAU